UCACUCCUGCGCGUCGGUUCUGGGCGCGCCGGGGCCCGCAGCGUGAGCGGUGUUCGGUGCCGAGGCCUGACCUGUCUGGUCCCUGCCGGUCUGGUCUCUGAUUCUGAAGGAGGCCGGAGCUCGCACACACUGGCUUCGCGGGGCUUCGGCCUCCACCACAGAUUAAGAGCCAUGGAGCUCAGUGAUGCAAAUUUGCAGACACUAACAGAGUAUUUGAAGAAAACUCUGGAUCCUGAUCCUGCCAUUAGACGUCCAGCUGAAAAAUUUCUUGAAUCUGUAGAAGGAAAUCAGAAUUACCCACUGUUGCUUUUAACAUUACUGGAAAAGUCACAGGAUAAUGUCAUUAAAGUAUGUGCUUCAGUAACCUUCAAGAACUAUAUUAAAAGGAACUGGAGAAUUGUUGAAGAUGAACCAAACAAGAUAUGUGAAGCUGAUCGAGUAGCAAUCAAAGCCAACAUCGUGCACCUGAUGCUAAGUAGCCCAGAACAGAUUCAGAAGCAGUUGAGUGAUGCUAUUAGCAUCAUUGGCAGAGAAGAUUUUCCUCAGAAAUGGCCUGACUUGUUGACAGAAAUGGUGAAUCGCUUUCAGAGUGGAGAUUUCCAUGUUAUUAAUGGAGUCCUUCGUACAGCACAUUCACUGUUUAAAAGAUACCGUCAUGAGUUUAAGUCAAAUGAACUGUGGACUGAAAUUAAACUUGUUUUGGAUGCCUUUGCUUUGCCUUUGACUAAUCUAUUUAAGGCUACCAUUGAACUGUGCAGUACCCAUGCAAAUGAUGCCUCGGCCCUGAGGAUUCUUUUUUCUUCCUUGAUCUUGAUCUCAAAAUUGUUUUAUAGUUUAAACUUUCAGGAUCUCCCCGAAUUCUUUGAAGAUAAUAUGGAAACUUGGAUGAACAAUUUUCAUACCCUUUUGACAUUGGAUAAUAAGCUCCUACAAACUGAUGAUGAAGAAGAAGCAGGCUUAUUGGAGCUUUUAAAAUCUCAGAUUUGUGAUAAUGCUGCUCUCUAUGCACAAAAAUAUGAUGAAGAAUUUCAGCGGUACCUGCCUCGUUUCGUCACAGCCAUUUGGAAUUUGUUAGUUACAACUGGUCAAGAAGUUAAAUAUGAUUUGUUGGUAAGUAAUGCAAUUCAAUUUCUGGCUUCAGUUUGCGAGAGACCACAUUACAAGAAUCUGUUUGAAGACCAGAACACGCUGACAAGUAUCUGUGAGAAAGUUAUUGUGCCUAACAUGGAGUUUAGAGCUGCUGAUGAAGAAGCAUUUGAAGAUAAUUCUGAGGAAUACAUAAGAAGGGAUUUGGAAGGCUCUGAUAUUGAUACUAGACGCAGGGCUGCUUGUGAUCUUGUACGAGGAUUAUGCAAAUUUUUUGAAGGUCCUGUGACAGGAAUCUUCUCUGGUUAUGUUAAUUCUAUGCUCCAGGAAUAUGCAAAAAAUCCAUCUGUCAACUGGAAACACAAAGAUGCAGCCAUUUACCUAGUCACAUCUUUGGCAUCAAAAGCACAAACACAGAAGCAUGGAAUCACACAAGCCAAUGAACUAGUAAACCUAACUGAAUUUUUUAUGAAUCACAUACUUCCUGAUUUGAAAUCAAGUAAUGUGAAUGAGUUUCCUGUACUGAAAGCUGAUGGUAUCAAGUAUAUUAUGAUUUUUAGGAAUCAAGUACCAAAAGAGCACCUUUUAGUCUCUAUCCCUCUCUUGAUUAGUCAUCUGCAGGCUGAAAGCAUUGUUGUUCAUACGUAUGCGGCACAUGCUCUCGAAAGGCUGUUUACCAUGAGAGGGCCAAACAACGCCACUCUUUUUACAGCUGCAGAAAUCGCACCGUUUGUUGAGAUUCUGCUAACAAACCUUUUCAAAGCUCUCACACUUCCUGGCUCUUCAGAAAAUGAAUAUAUUAUGAAAGCUAUCAUGAGAAGUUUCUCCCUCCUGCAAGAAGCCAUAAUCCCCUAUAUCCCUACUCUCAUCACUCAGCUCACACAGAAGCUGUUAGCUGUUAGUAAGAAUCCGAGCAAACCUCAUUUCAAUCACUACAUGUUUGAAGCAAUAUGCUUGUCUAUAAGAAUAACCUGCAAAGCUAACCCUGCCGCUGUUGUGAAUUUUGAGGAGGCUCUAUUCCUAGUGUUCACUGAAAUCUUACAAAAUGAUGUGCAAGAAUUUAUCCCAUACGUCUUCCAAGUGAUGUCUUUGCUUCUGGAAACACAUAAAAAUGAUAUCCCGUCUUCUUAUAUGUCCUUGUUUCCCCACCUUCUUCAGCCAGUGCUCUGGGAAAGAACAGGCAAUAUCCCUGCACUAGUGAGGCUGCUCCAGGCAUUCUUAGAACGAGGCUCAAGUACCAUAGCAAGUGCUGCAGCUGACAAAAUUCCUGGGUUACUGGGUGUCUUCCAGAAGCUGAUUGCAUCCAAGGCAAAUGAUCACCAAGGUUUCUACCUUCUCAACAGUAUAAUAGAGCACAUGCCUCCUGAGUCAGUUGACCAGUACAGAAAGCAGAUCUUCAUUCUUCUAUUCCAGAGACUGCAAAAUUCCAAGACCACAAAGUUUAUUAAGAGUUUCUUAGUGUUUAUUAAUUUAUAUUGCAUUAAGUAUGGGGCACUAGCACUACAAGAGAUAUUUGAUGGCAUACAACCAAAAAUGUUUGGAAUGGUUUUGGAAAAAAUCAUUAUUCCAGAGAUUCAAAAAGUAUCUGGAAAUGUGGAGAAAAAAAUCUGUGCAGUUGGCAUAACCAAAUUACUCACAGAGUGUCCACCAAUGAUGGACACUGAGUACACUAAGCUGUGGACUCCUUUAUUACAGUCUCUGAUUGGCCUUUUUGAGUUACCUGAAGAUGACACCAUUCCUGAUGAAGAACAUUUUAUUGACAUAGAAGAUACCCCAGGAUACCAGACUGCCUUCUCACAGCUGGCAUUCGCUGGUAAAAAGGAACAUGACCCUGUAGGUCAGAUGGUGAACAACCCCAAAAUCCAUCUGGCACAAUCACUUCACAAACUGUCUACUGCCUGUCCAGGAAGGGUUCCCUCCAUGGUGAGCACCAGCCUCAACCCAGAAGCCUUGCAAUACCUCCAAGGCUACCUGCAGGCGGCCAGUGUGACCCUCUUGUGAACUGCUUCAUCCUGACCCAUGGGCCCAUGAUGGUUUCUUAGGAACCAUGCAGACUCCUGAGGACAGCUCUACUGAAACAUCACAGGUUUCCAACCUCUUGAAUUUC